AUGGCUCCUUCUGCGAUUCAAUCCGUCACAGAAGCACUAGCACCCAGUGCGACUCAAACCUCAAACACACAAAUACCCGCAAUGUUCUCUCUCGCAGGCAAGACGAUAGCAAUCACUGGCGGUGGAAGAGGCCUAGGCAUUACGCUUGCGUACGCCGUUGUCGAAGCCGGCGGCCACGCAGCGUGUCUCGAUAUCCUUCCCGAACCCAGCGAGAUCGAAUGGCAAGCCCUCGUGAAGCUUGCAAAGCAACUUGGCACUACCGCGACAUACCGGAAAUGUGACGUGACGAGCGAAGCCGAAGUCACGCAAGUCCUCGACGAAAUCUCACAAGACGGUGACAGUCACGGCGCACCGCUCAACGGCAUGAUUGCAUGUGCUGGUAUCCAGCAAAGAGUUCCCGCGCUCGACUACGAGGCCUCGGAUUUUGAGCGCAUGUUGAGAGUCAAUGUUGUGGGUGCAUUCAUCUCAGUCAAGCGGACUGCCAGGAUCUUGAAGGAAAAGGGCACAGGUGGAUCAAUCGUCCUCAUUGCAAGCAUGUCGGGCCAGAUAGCAAACAGGGGUCUAACCUGUACUGCAUACAACUCCAGCAAGUCAGCUGUCCACCAGAUGUGCCGGUCGCUCGCACAGGAAUGGGGCCAGUACGGCAUCCGCGUGAAUACUCUUUCACCAGGCUAUAUCCGAACCGCCAUGACAGACGCACUACUUGAAACCGACCCCGAUGUAGAAAAGACGUGGAUGGCUGGUGCGCUGCUGGGCAAAUUGGGGGUCCCAGAUGACUUUAAAGCGCCUGCAAUCUUUCUGUUAGCAGAGGGAAGUCGUUUUAUGACUGGUGCGGACCUGAGGGUAGAUGGGGGGCACUGUGCAUCUGCGUAA